AUGUCCGAAAUGGAUUGGAACGCGACAGUAACUCAUAACCUAUCUGCCUUUUUGAUACCUCACAUCAACCAUUCGGAUCCAAGGCCUUUCUCCCCGCCGGUCAACGUCUCCUUCGAUGCCGGAGCCACGAGCACCGGAAUACUGGCCGUAGCGUUCAACGGCCUGGCACUGCUGGUAACUCUCAACAAAGCAUCCCUGUGGACACCCUUCAACCUGUACAUCGUCGCCAUAAUGUGCAGUAAUGUGGCCUUCGGAUGUCUGGACCGUGUGCUGGACAUCGUCGCGCAUGCGUACGGGUCUGUGUGGCUGGGUCCUUCCCUGUGCACCUUACGCCUGUAUUCCCUAUACGUCAUAUCCCCUCUCAUAUACAACUUCCACUGGCUGAUCACGCUCAAUCGCGCCUGGGCACUCUUCGUACCCAUCUCCUACCGUGCCCGCCAUAAUCGCAAAACGGCCGUCCUUCUCUGCGGUGCCGUAAUGGUCUACGUGCAUAGCUUCAUGCUGCCGCUGCUGAUUCGCGAUCGUCUCUUCUAUCGUUUGCCGUUGGAGGACGGCUGCCGGCUCAAUAACGGCCGCCAGCUCGCUCUUGUUGAGUUGACGUCCAUUCUGAUUUAUGACGUACCCAAAGUGGGCAUUGUGGUCGUCUUCCCCUUCUUACUGUGGAAGAUGUUGUCGCGACGACGAGCCAGCCCGGUGGCUAAUCCCGCUGUACCGGCCCAUGCUCGACCGGAAGGCAGGCAGGAAGGUUCCCAGCGUCCCUUUAUCCUGCUGACGUUUUACACCGGCAGUACCUUGGUUUGUUGGUGGCCGAUUAUGUGCUACUCUGUUAUUCUCACCUACAGUCCAAAUACCAAACUGGACCCCACCCUGUAUCGACUCUCGUCCACUCUCUACAUCAUCCAAGCUUUCCUGGAUCCGCUGAUUUUCUGCCUGGCCCUCGGCAACAUAUGGAAAUGUUCGCCCCAGCUUUUCAAAACAAGGGCUAAUAACCAAGUCAGCAAUUCUGGACAGAAAAGCCGGCGCCGCCAAUCGUAG